UACAAUCCAACCACGACGCAUGAAUCAGAUACGCAGAAUGUGUCGUGUAUAUUUCCCUCCACACUAUACAAAGCAUACUGCACGGUCCACACAACAAAACGUCGCCAUAGCUUCCCAUGACCUUUGACCUACAUUCCGCUCGUUUCACCGAGAGUCGUAGGCUUGCGAUCGUAGGUCACUGCUGUCAGCGGUAACACUGAUGACAAUAUCAGGUGUAAUAUACCAAAAUAAUGGACGUCCAUAUUAUUUCAUAAUCAUCUCGUAUGGAUUGAGCAAGUCAGAACUUGACAGUGUUGCGCCGAGAGAUUCUGUUUUCUGAGUCGUUCUACGCACAACUGUGGAUCUAAACGCUGCAGAGACAACAUGGCGCAGAGCAACCUGCCAGCGUCCAAUCCCUUGAAACUCAACACAUCUGUAGCAAGUCAACAGGUUCAUUCCCGCAGCCUUACAACUAAACCUCACAGUCCAACGACAAAGACAAUAGAGGAACAGUUUUUAACAUGUCCGAUAUGUUUAGAGAUGUACAGUCACCCCAAGUGCCUGCCAUGUCUCCACUCAUUCUGCCGUCACUGUCUCGACUAUUACAUACAAUCUAAAAAUGAAGUGGAAAUGAAAAUGAGAAAGGGUUUUUCUUGUCCAGUCUGCAACCAGUUCCACUUCCUCAAAACCUGGGAGAGUCCCUUGCACAGAUGGGUAGAAGAGUUCCAGAACAAUUUCAUGAUUCAGAAUAUGAUUGAUUACGUUCUUUCCAAGUCCAAACCAGGUACUAGUGACACCUCCUCUGCCUCUGGGUUUAUCCCGCCUUCGAGCAGGUUCUGUUAUGUAUCUAAGUUGGUAGAUGUCUGGGGGGAACCCUUAAGUGCAAGAAGUUCCAGCUCGAAUGACUUAAGACGGGGUGAGGCGCCUGUUAUAUACGUAGAUGCAAACACAAUGGAGAGAGUGAAUGUCUACCCAAACUACAGUGGCCGUGGCUACUCGGAUGUGUGUUUUCUUCCUAAAGCAAAAUCUAUCGUUGUGACAGACUACAACAAAAAGAGUGUCAUUCAUUUCAGAGGUUAUUUCCUUGGUAAUAGAGCAUCCUCCAAGGUAAAGGUUGGAGGCAGACCAAGCUCCAUAGCCCUGCUGAAUUCAUCAGAAAACUGUGUCGUAGUCAAUCUCCAGAAUAAGGGCCAAAUAUUCCUCAUCUCCAUCCCAAAUUUGAAUAUCGUUCAUGUGUUGCGGACACAGCACAACUAUCAGAGUGUCGCGAUGUUGACUUUCGACACUCUCCUAACAGGGUCUUCUGAUAGACCAGCGAGAAUAGACCAGAUUAAGAUUAAACACAGUACUUCUGAGGUGUCAUCAUCGCAAGAUUGUCUAUUUAAAAAUAGUGAAAGUUCCUGGACGAUAGCAGCACCAAGUCACAUAUGUGUCUUAUCGGAAGACAAGUUUGUGGUGGCUGAUACAGUCAAGAAAAGCCUGAUCGGCUUUGAUAUAAAAACUGAAAAUGGAAGGCUAGUCGGAAAGAAAACCUUUUCCCUUGCCCCUUCUCGUGGCCGGAGGUUCCGAUGUCCUGGCGGGAUGUGCCUCAACACCUCUCCCGGCAGCUUCUACGCGGUUGACUACGGUGGCAAUGCAGUGUAUUGCAUAUACCCAGGGGACACUAUAAGAUGUGAAAAGGUCCUUGGUGAGAACGAUGGUAUCAACAGACCAUCCUCUGUGUGUUUAGGUCCCGGGGGAAUCCUGUGUGUGGUUGACUGGGAAGGUAGCAUCUCCCUGUACAAACGGAAGUCCUGAUUUAUCUGUUUACCCAUAACAUUGGUGGCUAUGCUCCCACGAUGGUCACUGUGUAAGCCUGUGUUGUGACCUGCUUUUUAAUGCAAAUUGUCCUCGUGGCGGAUGCUUCCGGUACGACAUGUUUACACUUUUAGCGAACACCUGGUGUCAUCACUGAUUUUCUGUGAUCCGUCCAUAUGAUUUUCACCGAUGUCUUGAAAAAGUGUAUUUUGGGGGAUUUAUUUAUUGGCGUAAAGAAGGUUUUGUGUUUUUGUCUUAUUAAAUUUCAGACAUGCUC